CGUUUCCGGCGCCUGGGCUCCGCUUGCAGCGUCAUCGUGAGGGGCCGGUUUGAAUGAGACCCUGAGAGUGGGACGCGCCGGAGCCGUUGCCCGCUGACUGACGUCCCCUCCCCCUCCGGGACGCGCCGCCCGCCCGCCAUGCCGCUUUUCUCAGUGAACGUAAAAUGGGGGAAAGAGAAAUUUGAUGGUGUAGAGCUGAAUACUGAUGAACCUCCAAUGGUGUUCAAGGCUCAGCUUUUCGCAUUGACUGGAGUUCAGCCAGACAGACAGAAAGUUGUGGUGAAAGGAGGAGCUCUAAAGGAUGAUGAGUGGGGCAACAUCAAAAUCAAGAAUGGGAUGACCUUAUUAAUGAUGGGCUCCGCAGAGGCACUCCCUGAGGAACCAGUAGCUCGACCUGUGUUUGUGGAAGACAUGACGGAGGAGCAGUUAGCCUCAGCUAUGGAGUUACCAUGUGGUUUGACAAAUCUUGGCAACACUUGUUACAUGAAUGCUACAGUUCAGUGUAUCCGCUCUGUGCCAGAACUGAAAGAGGCCCUUAAGAGAUAUGCCGGUGCCUUAAGAGCUUCAGGAGAAAUGGCCUCUGCUCAGUAUAUUACUGCAGCUCUUAGAGAUUUGUUUGAUUCCAUGGAUAAAACGUCCUCCAGCAUCCCACCCAUCAUCCUCCUGCAGUUUUUACACAUGGCCUUCCCACAAUUUGCAGAGAAAGGUGAUCAAGGCCAAUAUCUUCAACAGGAUGCCAAUGAAUGCUGGGUACAAAUGAUGAGGGUACUACAGCAAAAGUUGGAAGGGAUAGAAGGUGAUGCUCUUAUGGAGACUGACUCUGGAAUUUCAGCAGCAGCUUCUAAAAAGAAGAGUUUAGUUGAUCAAUUCUUCAGCAUUGAAUUUGAAACAACCAUGAAAUGUACAGAAUCAGAAGAAGAGGAAGUAACUAAAGGAAAAGAGAAUCAGCUUCAACUUAGCUGCUUUAUUAAUCAAGAAGUCAAAUAUCUUUUUACAGGACUUAAAUUGCGUCUUCAAGACGAAAUCACAAAACUUUCUCCAACGUUGCAAAGAAACGCUUUGUACAUCAAAUCUUCCAAGAUUAGUCGUUUGCCUGCCUACCUGACUAUUCAGAUGGUUCGAUUUUUUUACAAAGAGAAGGAAUCAGUGAAUGCCAAAGUUCUUAAGGAUGUCAAAUUUCCUCUUAUGUUGGAUGUAUAUGAGUUAUGUACAUCAGAACUUCAAGAAAAGAUGGUCCCAUUUCGGUCAAAAUUCAAGGAUCUAGAAGACAAAAAAAUAAAUCAGCAGCCAAAGAAUUCUAGUAAAGGUGAUGGUGCACAGAAAGAAGUUAAAUAUGAACCAUUUUCCUUUCCUGAUGAUAUUGGCUCCAACAACUGUGGUUUUUAUGAGCUGCAGGCAGUGCUAACACAUCAGGGAAGAUCUAGUUCCUCUGGUCAUUAUGUGUCUUGGGUAAAAAGGAAACAAGGCUCCCUGCAACUUGAUUUCCUUUGUCAGUCAUCUUACCUCAGACCGUGCUGCAGAGCUGUCCUGAAUUCCUGGGUAAGGAUGCUUUCCUGCUCUCUCUCCCUGGUUAGUGUAUUCAGUCUGCAAGAACACUUAAAUGUGGGGAAAGAAGCAGCAGCUCUGGUUCCAUUAUAAAUAAAAUGUAUUAAAUGCCUAGGAAAAACACAACUGCAUCCCUCUCACAAAUUCAGGCACUCAAGCUAGGAAACACCAGAAUUAAGGUUACCUGGAUAAGCUUCAUUCUGCCCCUUUGUGCGUGUGUUACACAAUAGUCUUUAAUUAAAUAAAUUGCUACAUUUGUGCUUUGAAUGUACAAAGAGUGUAUAAAAAAACUAAAUAUUAAAAAAAUGUAGUUGUGUCUUAAUGGGUACUUUGGGGAAUUAAGGCUUUUUAUUUUUCUGCUUAAGUUCACUGUUAAAAGGGCAGGGGGGUGCACAGAACUGCUUUGUUGCAUACAUAAGUUAUUUGACUGAGCCCACAGCGAACAGGAAGGACCUCCUUACUCAAGCCUGUGCUCAUUCCUCCAUACCACACUGAGUAUCCACAACUUCAGCUGCAGUUCUGAAUGCUUCACACUUUGAAAUGUCAGGCCUUUGCUGUCUUAAGCUGUGCACCCAGAAAGAAAAAAGUGACCACCUGUGAAAAUUUUGAUUUAAAUGGUUUUUCUGUCUUCAUAGUCAUACACAGAAUCAAAUUCUCCACUGGCAUUCAACUACCUAACUGCAAGACCAACCUUGCUCUGCCUGCACUGUCCUACCCCAUUUUUUACGUACUUUCAAAUUUAUAAAGUAAAUGAGCCAGGGUCCUACAGCCAGAUACAUUCACUACACAAGCCUGAACUGUUCCUUGAGCACUUUUUUUUUUGUUCAUACAACAAAGCAGUGAUGUGUUUAAGAAUUAUUAUAAGAAUUUAUACCAGGGACAGGCAACCUUAAUUCUGGUAUCUCUUAAUUUCUGAAUGCAUGACUUAUCACUCCCUUAAAUUUAACACUCCCCACACAUUAAAAGAACAUUAAGUUCUUUGAGUGCUUGCUCUUGUCAAUUCCAAGUAGAUGUGCACAGUUGCCAGAAGGUUUUUUUUCCUCUAGCAGUACCUGUCGGGUCAGCUCAGGCACCGCUCAAGUUGUGCCUUCAUAGUGCUACAUAUAGGGCUCUGCUGACCUGCCACCCUUCAUUCCUUCUUACCACCAGUGAUGGUCCUCGGAGCGUUCUCUUCUCUCCUUUUCAAAUGAUCCCCUCCCGUACUCAUAUUCUACCUACAAAUAGUUUUCAAUAGUUAUUAGUUUGUAGUUUAGUGUAGUACUUGUACCUCCUUGUUAGUCGGGGUUCCCUUCCCCUGCCAAGGGCAUGCCUGGAUCCCAGGGGUUUAUGCUGUGUAGGGACUGCCAAAAGCCAAUGCCAAAGGGCAACCUGCGCCAAUCCUGCUUAAAGUGCCUAGAGGAAUCCCAUCAUGCUAGGUGAAAAAUCUGCAGAGGAUGCCACCCCCACACUAAGGAAAGGGACCCCUAGCUGCACUUAUCAGAUUGGCUGUGAGGCUCCCUGGAGUGGCACCUUCAUGGCGGUCAAUAUAUGAUCCUCCCGGACUGACACCUUCUCAGUUCGUUCUUACUGCCAGUGACAGCCAUUAGAACUGUGGGGUCUUGCUGAGCAAGUUCUUCAUAUUUCUCUAGCCUCAUUUGUUUUUGUUCUUUAGUUAGUUAAACACUUUUACUUAAUAUUAGCAGUUGGGCUGGGGGAUUUACCCUCUAUCCUGACCGCUUUUUCUUGGGAGGGCUUCCACACUUAAGUCCCAGGAGUGCAAGUCCUGCUCCAAGCCCAUGCCAACACCCACGAUGCUUGUCUAAAGUGGCUGGGGGAGGCUCACCAAGAUGAUAGGUGCAGGAUUUGCAAGGGGUUUCACUCAGAACCAAAAUGGAGCAAGACUUUCACCUUAAGCAGCUCCAUAUGGAGGCAGCACGUAGACUUCAGCCUCCAUCGGCACAGCAGGACCCAGCACCGGAGUUCUUCAGUGCGUAGCACCCCCGUGACAGUGGUGGAAGCAGUACAGUGGAUGGAUUCUGGUAGAGACCCAUGGCCCCAUCGCUCCCAAGCGCUGAAACCUGCAGGAUUGACUCAGCACUGCUCCUGCUCCCUGGCACAGAACCAGCACUGGAAGUAAGGGAGGAGCAGCUCUCUGUCCCAGAGGCCCACCCCUCUGGAGCUGGCCAAUGGGGGGGAUGCAUCCUCAUGAGGAGCACCCAGUGCCGAAGUCUGCGAAGACAGCACCGUUGACUUCAACCCCACAAAAGGAACAGUCGAGACUGGUGCCGUUGGACUCCCCAGUCCACAUCAUCGAGGAAGUGGAGUUGCCAUCCCCCCCAGACACCUUUGCGGCUGUGAGAGAAGUCAUUGCCAUGACAGCACCAAGGUCACCCACGAUUCAUGCCAAACUUAUGGUAUCACAUCAUAUGGCACCAUCUCAAGGCAAACCAGUGAUGCUCCAGUCCUUGAUACUGCCAAUAGAAUCCUGCACCACUCGGAGUCCUGCAUCACUCGCAGUCACGGCACUGGUCCAGGUCGUGCCAGUGCUCCCAAUCACGAUGCUGAUCCACAUGGUGGUCCCCAUCACGCAGCAGUUCCCGGCCCGGGCCUCAGUCCUGACACCACUCAGCGACCCUGCGCAGCUCCAGAUUGCAGCACCACUCACCAACUCAGGUCUGCUCGGCCCCACCCUGACCCUCACAGUCCCGAUCCCAGCCUUUGGACUCGGAGGUGGAAUCUAGGUACUCAUAGUGGGGCUGACCCCGUUCAGGCCAUGAAUGCUCUGAGGCAGGAGCAGAGCCAUGGCCUGUGCAGUGGCAGGGACCAGCGCAGUGGCCAUUCUAGACGCUGAGGGCGUAGCACCAGGCCCAGGGUGCCUAGUCUUAAGGCUUCCAAUUGGCCACCUCUGAACUAACAGUGCCAGAGGCCUGUCAGUCACCCCACCUUUAGGGGUGUCAAGCAGGUGUGGUGCCCCUACCUCGCCCUCAGAACUGACUCCAACUCCGGUUCUUGAGACUGGUCCAGUCAGCAAGGCAGGUCGAGAGGUUCCCAAUGAGCAGGAGGGACAGGAGGACCCUGUUCCCCCAAGUCCCCUGCAGGCAUGUCCGUCUCCAGACUGCUUCCCAUAGACAAACCUCCUCCACAGGGUGGCAUGCAACGUGGACCUGCAGGCUGAGGAUGUGGUGGAGUCAGAGGACCCAGUGGUCGACAGUUUAGCCCCAGAGGGUCCUUUGAGGGUAGCUCUGCCCCUCAUCAAAACUAUACAGGCCAGUGCCAAGACCAUCUGGCAGACCCCAGCCUCCAUCCCUCCACUGCCAAAGGUGUUGAGAGGAAGUGUUUCAUGCCAUCAAAGGGGUAUGAGUACUACUUUAUGCACUCACAGCCUUGUUCAUUGGUGGUUGCGAUGGUAAAAGGAGAGGCAGGGGCAACCAGCCCCAGUGCCUAAGUUCCUGGAGGCCAAAUGCCUGGACUUGUUUGGAGGUAAGGUGUACUCUAUGGGGGAGCUCCAGCUCAGGAUUGCCAACCAGCUGGCAAUUCUGAGCCAGUAUAACUUCAACUCCUGGAACUUGCUGCUCAGGUUCAAAGAGCUUGUGCCAGCUGAGUCCAGCGAGGAGUCUGGAGCUAUAGUGGAGGAGAGCAAGGCAACGCCACAGACCUCUUUCCAGGCCUCACGGGAUGCUGUGGACUCGGCCGCACACACCUUGUCCUCUGGUAGUGCCAUGAGGCUCACCUCAUGGUUGCAAGAAUAGUCUCUGGCUGCCAUCAUCGCAUCCCUGGGUCCAGGGAAUUGGUAAGCAGCUGUCAAAUAUAAAGGGAAGGGUAACCACCCUUCUGUAUACAGUACUAUAAAAUCCCUCCUGGCUUGCCAGAGACAGAUCAAGAAGAAAAGCUAUCCAACUCCAUUAGUAAGUACUAGCAAAGAAAUGCAUUAGAUCACUUUUAUUUUGGCUUGUGAUUUUCCUUGUCUAGAAGGAGGUUUAUGCCUGGAUUUGUAACUUUAAGGUUUUGCCUAGAGGGGAGAUCCUCUAUGCUAUUGAGUCUUUUGUUAUUCUGUAAAGUACUUGCCAUCCCAAUUUUACAGAGGUAAUUCUUUUACUUUAAUUAAAAUUCUUUUAAGAAUCUGAUUGAUUUUUCAUCAUUUUAAGAUCAAAAGGUUUGGGUCUGUGUUCACCUGUACCAAUUUGUGAGGAUAGUAUUCUCAAGCCUGCCCAGGGAAGGGGAGUAGGGUAUUGGGGGGAUAUUUGGGGAAGGUAGGGCUCCAAGUGGCCCUCCCUAAAUGUUUGUUUAAAUCACUUGGUGGUAGCAGCAUUACUUAAUCCAAGGAAUAAGGGAGUUUUUAACCUAAGCUGGUAGAAAUAAGCUUGGGCAGGGGGAGUCUUUCAUGCAGGUCCCCACCUUGAAGGACACGUACUUCCACAUUUCCAUAGUCCCGCCCCACAGGAGGUUUCAAAGAUUCAUAGUGGGCCGUACUCACUAACAAUUUACAGUCCUCCCUUUUGGCCUGUCAUCGGCCCCUUGGGUAUUCACCAAAUGCAUGUCAGUCCUAGCCACCUUCCUGAGGAAAAGGCAGGUACAGGUAUUCCCACUCCUUGACAACUGGUUGGUCAAGAGCCAUUCCAAGACACAAGUGGAACAACAUGUCAACUUGAUAAGUUCCAUAUUUGACAUGGAAUGUACAAAAGCUGACUCUUUCCCCUACUCAGAGAAUAGAGUUCCUAGGGGUGGUGUUAGACUAGAAGCAAACCUGAGCUUUCCUACUACAGUCUCAUUUUCAAGCUAUACGCAACAUUAUACAAAGCUUCAGUCAGUACCCCACGAUUACUGGAAGGAAUUGCUUUAAAGCUCCUCAGGGCACACGGCAUCUUGCAUGUACAUAGUACAACAUGCAAGGCUGAGGCUCAGACCUCUCCAGGCCUGGCUAGCAUCAGUGUAUCAACCAGUCAGUCAGUUUGGACAAGGUAGCCAAUCACAUUCUCACUGAGGGUGCUCGAGACUUCAGUGGUGGCUCAAUCUGCGAGUUGUGUGAGCAGGGGUCCCCUUCUACAAACCACAUGCCUUGCUGUGUCUGGUCACCGACACAGCGGCAAUAGGAUGGGGAGCACACCUGGAAGAGCACAGAACUCAGGGUCUCUGGUCCCCAGCGGAACCGUUUCUUCACUUCAAUGACAGGGGGCUAAGAGCUGUUCAUCUAGCAUGUCAGAACUUCCAAGCUCACGUGGAAGGAAGAUGCAUAUUAGUCCUGAUGGAUUAUACAGCAGCGAUAUUUUAUAUAAAGAGCGUGGAACACACUCCUCUCCCUUUUGUCAGGAAGCUCUCAAGCUCUAGGACUUCUGCAUAGCCCAUUCAAUGCUCCUGAAAGCUUCUUAUCUCCCCGGAUCUCAAAAUGAGCUGGCAGACCAUCUCAACAGAUCCUUUCACAAUCACAAGUGGUCCAUUUGCCCAGACAUGGCAAACAACACUUUCCAAUAGCGGGAAGUUCCCCAGAUUGACUUGUUUGCCACAAAGAGCAACAGGAAGUGCCUUCAGUUCUGCUCCUUUUUGAACCACAGUCUGGGCUUACUUGCAGACACGUUCUUCCUUCCCUGAAAGGACCACCUGUUCUAAGCAUUCCCACCUAUCCCACUUGUUCACAAAGGCCUCCUCAAGAUCCGGAGGGACAGAGCAUCAGUGAUACUGGUAGCACCAGCCGAGCCCCGCCACCACUGAUACACCAUGAUGCUGGAGCUAUCAGUGGACACCCCAAUCCCCCUACCGUUAGUUCCAGACCUGAUCACUCAGCAUCACAGACAGCUUCAGCAUUGCAAUCUCAAAUCUCUCCACCUCACUGCUUAGAAGCUGCAUGGUUAAACCAGUUAGAUCUCUCAUGUUCAGACCUGUUACGGAAGUUCUCCCUGGCAGUAGGAAACCAUCCACUAGGGCUACCUACUUGGCCAAGUGGAAGAGAUUCUCGCUCUGGUGUUCACAGAGUCAUACCUCUUCAACACAAUCAUCGAUACCUUUCAUCUUGGACUACCUGCUACAUUUAAAGCAGGGGUCGGCAACCUAUGGCACGUGUGCCAAAGGUGGCAUGCAAGAGGAUUUUGAAUGGCACUCACACUGCCCAGGUCCUAGCUGCCAGCCUGGGGUCCUACCGCCA